AUUGAACAAUUAUUAUUAUUUCGUCAUAAACGUGAUGAAGAACCGGCACCAAUAUAUGGUAAAGGAAUUGCAUUCUGGCUAGGUGAACAUUGUGAAAAUACCUGUAAUCGUAUAUUAUUCCAUGUUUGGUGUAAUAGUACCACACAUCGUUGUGAAUGUCUACAAGAAUAUCCUGUUAAUGUUGAAAAUAAAUAUUGUCUUAAAGCUCUACAAAUAAAUGAUCGCUGUGAAUAUAGUGAAGCGUGUCGUUAUUUGAAUCCCAAUUCUGAAUGUAAUGAACAAGGAUUCUGUAAAUGUUUAAAAGGAUAUUUUGUCAAAUAUGAUGAUGAAAAAGAAAGUCGAAUUUGUAUGGCUUAUGAUUCACCAUUUUUCAUCCGUAUUGGUUCAACAACAUUCGAUUUUAUCAAUAAAAUCGAAUUCAUCACAUUAUUCAGCCUUAUCAUAAGCUUCAUAUUGAUUUUGAUUCUAUCCAUGAUGGUCAUUAAAUUGAUGAAAAAGAAUAAAAAACUAGCCAAAAAUGAUCAACCAUCUUUUUGUGAUAUGAUACCACCACCACCUCCAGUUAUAAUGAAUGCCCAACCUGAUCGUUAUAAUAAUCAACAUUCACAUCAUCAUCAUCAUCAUCAUCAUCAUCCAUUUCAUCAUCAUCAAACAUCAUCAUUACAAUCAACACCAUCGCGUAGUCCAUUUCAUCAGGACUAUAGCCUACAGGAAAAGACACCAAUAUCAUCAUAUAAUAUACCACCAUUACCAUCUAAUCUCAAUGGUUAUUAUAUUGUACUAUUCUUGUUAUAAUUUCUUUUAAUAAAUUUUAUCCACUGUAUAGAUUUUCGUCGCCAAUCAUUAUCAUCGUUGAGAUCACAAAGUUCAUUAAAAAGUCUUUCAUCAUUUCGAAGUCAACAUUCGUAUCGAGUGAAUAAUAAUAAUAAUAAUAACAAUAAUCAUUCGAAUCAACAUCAACAACAUCCAAUGUCAUCGUAUCAUCGUACUAUUCACUGCCAACAACAAUCAAAACUUAGACCACCAUCACAUCAGACUUCGUAUCAUGAUCUACGAUAUACAAGGCAACCAUUAAUGGCAUCCGGUUCAUCACCAUUGGACAGUCAAACUGAUCAAAGUGGUUUUCAAUUGUCCAAUCAUUUGCCAACAAAUCCAAUCACAUCAACCAAUACUAUUGAUCGAUCACGUAUCAAAUGUGCUAAUCAUCGUUGUGGUACUGGAUCUAAAGUUCGAAGUGAAGUUUGUCUUGUUCACAAUAUGCCCGAAAUGCUUCAACAACAACAACAACAAAACUGAAUGAUGAUCAAUACAAUCUCUAAUUGCUUGUUUCAUUUUGUGCCUAAUUAACACAUGUUAUUUAUUAAUCUAUAAUAAUAAUAAUAAGCAAUUUUAAUUCUUACAUUCAUCCAAUCAACAAACAACAAAUAUUCUGGUGUUUUUAAAAAAUUCACAAUCACACAUCAUUUCAUAUACAGACAGAAAAAAAAUCAAAAAAAAAGAACAAAUUUUUUUUUCUUUCACUUUCUCAAAUUCUUUA